AUGUCUACACCAUAUGAAUAUAUAAAUUUAGAUGAAUUUGAUGAGCCAUUGAACUUUGAUCUAUUUACAGCAGAAACCAACUUAGAUGCAGAAGAUGAUACAGAAUCUGAAAUAGCAGUAUUUACAAGAGAUACUAAAAUCAAAGAUAUUGGACACUCUUUAAAUUAUAUCAAAAAAAUUAGUUUUUUUAAUAAUGAUUAUAUAAUGAUUUUAUGUAUGACUAAUGAACAAGUAGCAAAAUGCAUUGAAUUUAAAUAUUUCGAAGUUGAUCUUUCAUUUAAAUGUGUUUAUGGUGACAUUAAUGAAUUCGAGUUUAAUGCAUAUGAAGAAAAAUCUAGGAUUAUUUUAGCAUUUUAUAUAAUUUUUACUAAUAUUGCAACUAAAGAGGAAUAUCAAAGAAUGUUUGAAGCCUUUUUUGAAAUGGUUGAAAAAUUAUCUAAUAAGCCUGCCUAUUUUUGGCAUAUACAUGGUGAUGGUUGGGUUUGUGUUUUAGCUGAUUUAGAUCAAGCCCAAGCCCUUGGAUUAGGAAAAACUAUGAAAAAAAUGGAUCCUACACGAAAAGCUAAAGAACAUUUACAAUAUGUAUUUAAAUCAUGUUGUAUCUAUUAUAAAAGAAAUGUUGACCAUUACCCUUAUUGUGCAGAUACAAAACAUGAUAUGCUUGAAAUUCUUAAAGCAAAUUCUUCUGAAGAAAUUAAUCAAAUAUUUGGACAAAUUAAAAUGCGUAAUGAAAAUGAUAUACAAAAUUGGCUAGAAUAUUAUCAGAAACCAUGGGUUCUGGGCAAAUCAUUGAAAUUAAAAAUUGCAAUUCUAAGGGGAUGGAAGCAUAAUGAGUGCAUCUAUAAAAAAAUAAAAAUACAUCAACAAACAGGCAUUUAUAUGUCUAGUAAAGAUAGAAGUGACUUUGGUAAAAAAAUGCAAGCUAAUAAAAGAUCAGAUAAAUUAGAAAACUAUCCAAAAGAACAACCAGUAAAGAAAAGCAACGCGCUUCAAAAAAAGGCAAAGAUUGAUUAUGAUGAUGAUGACACUGAAAUGGAAAUUGAAGAGCGCAAGAUCGCAUUAGAAGAGAGGAAAAUGCAAUUCAAACAGAAUGAAAUUGAUCUAAAAUUAAAAGAGUUGCAGAUUAAAAAGUUGGAAAUGGAAUUAAAUAAUAAUCAAUGA